CUCCUGCCAUGGUCCUUUCUCUGUUUUGUUCCUAUUAAUCUCUCUCUCUCUCUCUCUAAUCUUUUUGUUAGUCUUCUCCAUUUUGGUGCUUAAUUAGUGUAGCUUUGAUGGCUUAUAAGUAAAUAAGUAAAAAUUCAUUCUUGAAUAUCCGUUGGGGGCAUUAAUGGUCUUUGCUUUUGUGAGGUUGAGGCAAAGUAUUUUAUAGUUCUCUUUUUCUUCAACGUAUGCUUGUGUAUCUUUUAGAUUAUGGAUACUGUUCAUUUUUCGAAGCCAAAUGAUUCAUGGGCGUCAUUAGGUUGUGCCAAUAAUAUAGUGGAGGGGAAGAAAAUCCCGAAUAUUGUACUAAAUAAGCACGAAAUUUGUUCAGCCUUCAUUCAAUCUCUCGAUUUUCUUUUGCUUAAAUAGAGUUUUUUAACUGAAAAUGAGGUUGCUUAGAGGGGUGGGAGUGAGUGAUUGUGUAAUAUUGAUAGUAAUACUAAGGUGGUGCGACUUUUGAAGCAUUUGAGGAUGAGCCAUAACGGUUACUUGGUGCUGAUUAGCGGUGAUGAAGUAGUGCAAUGGUGGUGUGGUGUGAGGAAAACCAAAGAUGUUAUACUGCUAGAGAUGAAGUGUUGCAUGAACUUCUGUUAACACAUGUAUAGGAUCGAGAGAGAUUGUUUUCAGGAGGUUAUAUCAAAGCACUCUGGUGAAUGCAAGUGGGGUUUGACAGAUGGGAGGUAUUAAGUAGGAUUCGACUUCCAUUUCCUGCAAAACUCUUCUCCUGCAAAGCAAAGUUCGCUGAUUCUGGGUAGAUGGAUUGUUCAGCUUGAAAGUGGUGCCUCCAACCUUGUUAGCAGCAGAAAAAGAAGAAGCCAAGGCUGUUUUGACCCUUUUCUUAAAGAAACAAGGAUUGAGCAAUGCAGUUGCAGCAAGAACCAUCAACAAGUCAGACCUUUUCAUUGACCACCUUGUCUCAAGGCUUCAUUCUGUUCAUAAAUCUCGAUAUCUAGUAGGACGUGAGCUCACAACUCUUGAGAUCAGGGACGCUCUUAUUCCAUUCCUUGAAGCCCUUCUCGAAGAGCAUGGAAACUUCAUGGUAGAUGUAGUGGAAAACUUUCCAUGCCCACCUGUUAAAGAAAAAACAGUUGUGCCAUUUUCUCAGCCCAAUCUGACGCUUGACUCUAAGAAGCUAAAGGCCAUCUCUCGAGUGAGUGAGACAGACCCAGCUGGGAAGCUUCGCCCUCAUGUUCUCUAUCUUAUAGAGCUUGGUAUGGAUCUUGAGCAGAUCAAGGGAAUUACACGAAGAUUCCCAGCUUUUGCCUACUAUAGCUUGGAGGGAAAAAUCAAACCAGUGGUUGAGUUUCUUCUUGAGCUUGGUGUACCAAAAUCAGAUAUUCUCACCAUCCUCACCAAAAGGCCUCAGUUGUGUGGAAUCAGUCUCUCCGAAAACCUUAUACCCACUAUGACAUUCUUGGAAAAUUUGGGUGUGGACAAGAAACAAUGGGCAAAAGUGAUAUAUCGCUUUCCAGCACUUCUCACUUAUAGCAAGCAGAAGGUGGAGACCACUGUAAAAUUUUUUUACGAGAUGGGCCUCUCAGCAGAGAGAAUUGGUAAGAUUCUGACACGCUGCCCACACAUUAUUGGUUACAGUGUGGAGGAGAAGUUACGGCCAACUGCUGAGUAUUUCCAUUCUUUGGGGGUUGAUGUUGGUGUUCUUCUCUAUCGUUGUCCACAGACUUUUGGUCUUAGCAUUGAGGCCCAUUUGAAGCCAGUGACAGAAUUCUUUUUGGAGAGGGGAUACAGUAUCAAGGAAAUUGGGACCAUGAUCUCAAGAUAUGGAGCGUUGUAUACUUUUAGCUUGUCAGGGAAUUUGAUACCAAAAUGGGAGUACUUUUUGACCAUGGAUUAUUCCAGAUCAGAGCUAGUGAAAUUCCCUCAAUAUUUUGGAUAUAGUUUGGAAGAAAGGAUUAAACCGAGGUAUGCACAGGUGAAGGAGUUGGGGGUUUCAAUGCUGCUGAACCAGGUGUUAUCACUGUCGGGUAGUGACUUUGAGAAGACUUUCAAAAAGAAAGUGAAGAAAAUGCUCCCUGACAAGGAUACGAGUUGUAGCAGCAAUGACAUUCGUUGAGGCUGGGUACAAGAAGGUUUGAGGUUUGUAUGCAGAUUUAUAACUGAACGUGGUACACUAUUUAAAUUUUGGCCAUGUCAGUGCUGUUGUGAGGCUUAAUAAAGUUUCUUACAUUUUGGUGCAUGCAAGAAAGGGGAUGAAGAUCCAUCUACCAUCCCCGGUCAUCUCAAUCCCCCGCUGCCCCUACCCCUGGCGGGGUGAAGGACUACCUGCUUGGUGGUGCUAUAUAUUCUCUGAUGAUGAGGCAUUAGGAAGUAUGGAAGCAUAAUGAUUGUUUAUUGAAAUGGUAUUCCAUCUGAUUCAUUUCAAUUCUAGCUUCCUAAGGGGUGUUGCCUAGUUCUGCGUCUCUAGUCAUUGUAUUGGUAACAUGGCCUUUUGUUGCUUAGGAACAAUCAAAUUCGGGAAAUUUACAUUUUACUCUGAAUUAUCAGUUUUUUUUUUUUUGCAUCCUAAACCAAUAAAACUACAUUUACUUUCUUGA